AAAUCGCUCACAGUAGGCUAUUUAGUUUCUGCCCCCGGUGCAAAUACAGGACUUUCGUUGAAUCCGAUUUAAGCAGAAGUUCGGUCUGAAAACGGGCGGCAUUUGAGCUCAAAAUCACGGAACAAGGAGUUUUUACAGCAGUUAGUUAGUUUUCACUCUGGCAACAUGUGUACUGGAAAAUGUUCCCGUUGCAUUGCUGUUACUCUGUACCCAUUAGCAUUCAUAUCCAUCAUCUGCAACAUAGUGUUGUUUUUUCCUGACGGGGACGUCAAGUACGCCAAAGAUGGACACAUUACUGAGGAGGUGAAAUACAUGGGGGGCCUCAUUGGAGGGGGUUUAAUGGUGUUGCUCCCAGCAUUUUACAUCAACUUGACUGGAAAACAGGGGUGCUGUGGUAAUCGCUGUGGGAUGUUCCUAUCAAUUGCAUUCGCUGCAGUGGGUGUGGCUGGUGCCCUGUACAGUUUCAUUGUGGCAGUGCUCGGGUUGCAGAACGGGCCCCUCUGCAAAGUUCUUCUGAUUUGGAAAACACCUUUUAAAAACAGUGAUCACAGCUACCUGACUGACGACACAUGGUGGGGGACAUGCACAGAGCCUAAGAACAUUGUGCAGUUCAAUAUCGGAUUGUUUGGCACUCUGCUGGUCACAAGCUCUCUGCAGCUGGUUCUCUGUGCCAUUCAGAUGAUCAAUGGGCUCUUUGGCUGCCUGUGUGGAACCUGCACCAACAAAGGGCCGCUGUGAGUUCCUGACAGCUGACUGGCGCUACCUGCUGGAAGACUGACAGUAGUGUUCCUUGCUGCAUCUGCAUAAAAUAUUCUCUUUUAACUUGUUGUUGUCUCUAUGUGACAACAGAUUUUUAUACUUAUGUGUAUUUCAUGAUACUUAAUACUUUUAAUAAAACACAGAAAUCUGAAAGCUUUGCAGUGUAUUAAGGUAUGCUGCGGAAAUGACACUGUAUUAGAAAUAAUUCAUGCUAAUUAUAUGAUUCAUUUAAAAUACAUUGUUUUUAAAUAUAAGCUGCUGAUCCACUGCUACA